AUGAGUUAUGUACCUAAGUUCAAUAGAAACUCUGGAAUGCUAUGUUUGUCAGUGCUUGACUUAGCUUUUGGUGUUCUGAAUUAAUAAAUCUAGACUAUAAUUCUUAAUUCCGCCCUUGUUGGAAUCAUUUUAUGUAAGAUUGUUCAAACAUAUUCAAGUCAUUGUACUUUAUAAACACAAAUAUUAGAAGAAACCUAAAUUGCUUGAAUUGGCAGUUAUUCUCUAUUAUUGUUCAUAUUAGCUUGCAUUAAAAGGGGUUCCUUAUAUUUGGUUUAGUCUAAUAUCUAUUGCUUCAAAUAAGUCUCUAAUGAAAUUCAUCAUUUUGUUAUUAGCAAUUAUCACAACAUCUGCUUAAAUUUAACCGAUAUGUCCAAUAUGUCAUUUGUAAGCCAUAUUAGAAUAAGUAUUUUUGAUGGGAUACCUACUUUACAAUAGAUUUAAUUUAUCUACAGAGAAAAAAAUAGCAUAAAAGCAAAUUUUAAAGUAGAUAUUUAGAAAAAUCAGAUAUUGUAUAUACAAUGAGAAUCUUAUUGAUAUCAAUUAAAACAAAUUCAACUCAACAGAUCUAAAUAUUUUAUCUGGAGCUUCUCUGUUUUCAUAUCGUCUAGAUAAUUAAGAAUUAUAGUUGUAGAUUAAAAAAGAAUUUAAAAUUAAGUGUUACACUAUUAAAUGCAAUGAUCAAGGAUCUCACGUUUUUGCAUCAAAACCAUUAAUAUUUGAUAGCAUUAGCAGUUUCCUUGAAAUUUUUUAAAAAGAAUCAAAAGAAAUGUAGAAAAAAAUAAUUUUGGCUUCAGAAUUAGAUAUUUCAACAUAAUAAAGGUAAAAAUGGAGAAUUUAUGUUUAACAAUUUAAAACUUUAGGCAAAAAUUACAAUUUGAUUGCAAUGAUUCCAUAAGAAGAUAAUUUAGUUUAUAAAUCAAACAAUAUUAUAAAUAAAUUUAAACUUAGUUUAUCCAAAAUAUUUAAACAUAAAUUAAAAACCCCAUUGAACACAACUCUUGGGUUUUUAUAAACUAUUAUAUAAGAAAAUCUUAUUGUAGAUGAAUAAUUAAAGAUGAACUUUUUAAAACCAGCUUUUAUAAAUUCUAAAAUACAAUUUUAUUAAGUUCAAGAUAUAUUAGAAUAUAUAAAUUAGGAGGACUUGCUUCAAUUUUAAAUUAUAAAAGUUAACUUAAAUAAAACACUAGGUUUAAUUUAUGAUUUAAUCGAAUUGUAGUGUAGAGCAAAAUAAAUAAAAAUAGAAUUUACAAUAAAUGCUAAACCAUUAAAUAUUAGGGAGAAGUAAUUACUGUUGUUAAUAAUAGACCUAUAUAUAUAUAAACAGAUCAACAGAGAUUAGAAAGAAUUCUCUUCAAUUUAUUGAAUAAGUCUUAUAGACAUACUCAAAUAAAUGGAAAGAUUAAUCUUGAUGUUCAAAUAGAUUAUAAAUAGAAUUAAGUACAAUUUAAGAUAAAUGACAAUAAUUUAGGAUUCAAAUAAGAAUAAAUGGAUUUAAUCAAUUCAUAUGCUUAACAAUAAAAUAAAUCUAUUUCUCAAUUUAGAAAUUCAAUUGUAAAGAAAUCAAAGUUCAAAUUUAGUUUAACAUUAUAAAUCACUAAUAAAUUAAUAUUUUUCCUAAGUGAUAUGCAAUGUUCACUUUAAGUUAGAAAUACGAUUGAAGAAGGGGCUAGUUACAAUUUCUUUAUUAGUAUGAAUUGUUAAUAAGGAAGUUUUCAAUAGACAACAGAUAUAUAACUCUUAAACUAGAAUUAUUAAACUAGAAACACUUUGAUAACAACAAAGUAUCCAGUAAAUAGUUAUCCUUUUCUUAAUUAUACUCGAAGUUAAAAUUAGAUUAGGUAUAUAUAAUAUGUAUAAUAAGUCGAGAAAGAAUGCUUGAUGGAUUAGAAAUUGAUGAAGAGCCAAGUGCUAAGAAACCCUUUUGUUUGAGUACAUAAACUCAAUAAUAUUCUCCAUAAAUUCCAGCUUUAAGAACUUAAUAGGCUUAAUAAAGCAUAAUACAAUAUUAAAAAAAUUUAUAUUAGAAAGAAAUAAAUGAAAAAUCUCUAACUUUAUCUUUAGCAUAUGAAAAAUCUAUAAAUCUAAAAAGAAUUGGAGAUUCUGUUGAUAUUAGAUAAGAUUUCAAUUAGACAAUAAUGUUGGUUGAUGAUGAACCUUUUAAUCAUGAUACAUUAAAAUUAAUGUUAAAAAACCUUGGAUUCAAAAACUUUAUAAGUGGAUAUAAUGGUUAAUAAAGUAUAGAAUUAGUUUAAAAACAUCAUUCUUCAAUCAAAAUAAUUUUUAUGGAUUUAGAUAUGCCAAUAAUGGGAGGAAUCAGAGUAAAUAUUUAAUUAAAUAAGGCUACUAAAGUUUUGAUUGAAUUAAUGUAAUAAAAUGAAAUAGACUAUAUACCUAUAAUUGCUUGUACUGCUCAUGAUGAUAUAAAAACUUAAUAAGAAUGUAUUUAAGCAGGUAUGUUAUGUGUUAUAGCAAAACCAGUAUUUUUAAGAAGUUUAUAAGAAGCAUUUAUGAAAGUAAAUGAAAUUAAGUUCAAAGUAUCAAAUGACUUAGCUGGAUCUAAAGUCAUAUCUUCAAGUAUUAAAUGA